AUGAGCGAUGCCCAAUCGAACGGCGAGGAAGUUUGCACCCUGGAUGAAAUAAAGUCCCAUUUUGAAUCGAAGAAAUAUGAAGAGGUGCUUAACUUAACGAAGAAGAUUUACUCUAGUGAGGAGUGCGAUGAGUACGCGCUGAGGGCGAGGUACUAUUGCCUGAUUGAGAGGGGGGAGUUCGCCAAGUUGGUGCACGAAAUUAUGCACAUGUUGGUGAGAGGCGCUGCGGGGGGUGGCAGCGGUGAGGCCGCCGGAAGUAACAACGGAAAAAGCUCAUUUAAGGAGCUCUUCCAAGGAAGCUAUGAAAGCAUUAAGCGGAAAAACGUUCUGUUUGAGCUCUUCUACUGCAUGUACAAACUGAAGAAGCUAAAAAAACUGAACGGCUGUUUGAAAUACAUGUCCGAGAAGGAAGAAAACGCCCCCCAUUUUUUGGAUGUGCUCCUGGCAGAGGUAAAUUUCAGACUGCACCAUUUCGAAGCAUCCAUUGGUUGGUACGAAAAUUUGAUAGAGUCCCAGAAUGCCAAGCAGGCAGUGGCGGCCUCCAUUAACGUCAACAGCGGAUACUUCUCCCUGUACUUUAGACUCCUAUAUGAGUAUAAUUUUUUGCGGAGCGUUAACUCGAGGGUUAGUUCGGAUAAGGCGAAACAGAAAGACAUUGAUGAGGUGAAAAAUCAAAUCGUCACGAACACAGAUGGUUUUAAAUUUGAAGAGGAAAGGGAUAGCUUCGAGCAGAUAUUUAAUUAUGCCACGUUUUUUAUUGUUGAGAAAAAUUACACCGAGGCGGUGAAGUUCCUGGAUUUGGCAGAUGCCAUUUGUAGGAGCUCCUUUACCGGGGGAAGCGCCUCCGAUUCGGGCGCGGCUGAUGGGGCGGAGGAGGUGGACCACCAAGGGGCGGACCACGUGGAUGAAGAGGAUGAUGAAGGGGGUGAGGAUGCGGAAGAGGAUGAGAAUAACCGAGGAGACCACUCACAUCGAGCGAAAAAACGCUCGAGUGAUCACAGCGCGAGGGCUUCCCUCUCUAGGGAGGACGUGCUGACGAACAAACGGACGCUCGUCCAGUUGCAGAGAGCCUACGUGUACUCCAAGUCGAACCGCCUCAAGGACGCCAUAGCGAUAUAUGAAAAUGUCCUGCACAGCUACGCGGAAAGCGGCGAAAGUGCCGGCGGCCUCAUCCCCCUGGUGGCGUACAACAACUACCUUGCACUGAGGCAUAACUGUGAAGGUCAAAGUGCUCGCCAUGUGAAGCCCAGGGGGAAGAGCGCGCCGGGGGCGACACCAUCUGGGAUGCCCCAAUCUGUGAUGCCCCCAUCUGGGCCGCUCCCAUCUGGACAGCCCCCCACGUUCUCCCUCAGCCAAGACAAGCUGAACAAAAUCAAAAGCGACCUACGGAUGAGCAAACGGGGGUCCCACAACGACGCGAGUCAAUUUAUGCAAUCAGUAGCUCUCUUCAACGAGUGUGUGUGCAGCCUGAGGAACGACCAGAAGGACGAAUUCAAAUCUAAGUUGAGCACUUUUUCAACGCGCUUUGGAAAUUCGAUUCUGCUAGAUAAGUUAAUAGCUCUCUUUUUAAAAAGCGAAAACGCACACAUCAAAUGUAAGCACCACCUGUUGAAGAACAUCCAUUUGAUGUACUCUCAUCAAAACAAAAUAAAAUUUCUCAACGCGUAUCUGUUUCUUUGUUAUGAAAAAAAAAGUUUUGCAGAAAUUGUAAAAAUGUAUUGGAAAUAUGAAUACGUGUUUAAGAUGGACGUCCAUCACUAUCGCACUUUUUUUUCCAAUCUGUUUUAUGUGUAUAUAUGUGCCCGCUAUGGAGGGGAGUCGCGCCCCCUGAUGGGGAAGAACAGUACCCCCGGCACGAGCCCAUGUACCAAGGGUACAGAUGCAGAUGGCGACAGCGCAGUCGUGCCGCGAAACCUCCCCCUCGUGAUCGACCUCUUCAACAAGUACAAACAAGCCAUCAAAACGGAUUUAAAAGUUGUGAAUUAUGAGACGGUCUUUCUAGUAAGCAAAUAUUUGCUGCACCAUGGGAAGGCAGAGCUGCUCACGGACCUCUUCGACCAUUUGUCUAAGCAAGUCAAAAAUGACUUUCACUUUUUUUCCUGCUUCACUUAUAUAUAUACGUACAUUGACAUGGAGCUUACGUACAAAUAUGAGGACAAAUUGAAGAAGGCUGUUCUUACGGAGACGUACCUUAUCGAUGUAGAGGACCUUGAGAGUAAAAAUUUCGCUCUGGACUUCACCUCCAUCGGUACUACUACUGCUACUACCCCUGGUGGUGCAAACAUCCAUGGCGGUUCGCCCUCCACGGGGCCUAUCGAUAGGAACAAAAAGAAACGAAAGAGAUCAAAGAAGGCGAAGAAUAAAAAGGAUGGGGCGGGUACCCACGCUGGUUACGACCCAGAGAAGUGGCUGCCGAAGCAUGAAAAGACCGGGUUCAAGAAGUCCAAGAAGAAGAAGCAGAAAACGUCGGAGGCCCCCCCCAAGCCGAAGGUCGUCGUCGUGGAGGAGCCCAAGAGCGCCCCCGCCGGCUCCUCCAAGCUGCAGGGGUUGAAGAAGCGCCGCAAGAAGUGACUUCGGAAUGGGGUCACGCGGCUGCCAAGCGGUUGCCAAGCGGCGGUCACGUAGCGUCAACCGUGUUGUAUGGCCGCCUCAGCGCCGCUUAUCUAUCCGCUGCUCCACUACCUUCUCCUUUUUCCCCCCCCACUCUGGCUUCCCCCUUACGUAAAGAACAUAAUUAAAGAAUCGCUAUCACCUCGCGCAUGCGAUGAAUGAUGUAUUUUUGAAAAAAUGAAUAACGUGCGUUUU